AACCAAGUUCUGCUGGAUGGUUGUAAAUCGAAGCUGACAGUCAUCUCCUGGGAACUAAAACCCCCAAAUUCAAAAACCCUCGCUCGCUCGCUCAUUCAAUUUCACCACCCAAAUGGCGGGCUUCAAUUUCAGCACCAAUUCUUCUUCUUCAUCAUCAUCUUCACCAUUCUCAUUCUCACUCUCUUCUCCAAACCCUAACCCUACUUCUUCAUCUUCCCAGCCUUCCUCCCUUUUCGGAUCUUCUCCUUCUCCGUUCGGAUCCUCCGCCUCCGCCUCUUCCGCUCCUUCUUUCUCCUUCGGCUUCGGCGCCUCCUCUCCCGCUGUUUCCUCCUCGCCGUUUGGAUCCACUGCUUCUACUUUGUUCGGAACGGCGUCGUCUGCUACUGCCACCACAACGACGCCGUUUGGCUCCUCUACGCCGGCAACCACUACGACGCCGUUUGGCUCGUCUAAUACUACGACCACGUCGCCUUUUGGCGGUGGUUCGUUGUUUGGGACUACUGCUGGUGCUGCCACAUCGUCGUUCGGUGUUUCGGCUACUACGACGUCGUUUGGCGCACCUGCUUCUACUGCUGCUACAACGCCGGUGUUUGGUUCGAAUUCUGUUACGGCGUCUACUGGUUUUGGCUUUGCCUCUUCAACGACGCCGUUUGCUACAAAUGCUUCUACUGCCAAUACUAAUAGUUCACCGUUCGGUUCGAGUUCAGUGACCGCGCCUACUGGCUUUGGUUCGACUUCCACAACAACCGCGUUUGGUUCGAAUACAGCUCCCAGCUUUGGUGCCACUACUGGCUUUGGUUCGACUUCUUCGUCCACACCUUUUGGUGUACCUGCUUCGUCUUCUGCUUUGAAUACAACUAGUUCAUUUUCUAAUAUGUUUGGAUCUUCGACAACUACAGCUUCUGCUGCUUCAUCAUCGACUUUUUCGGUCCAAUCAGCACCUGCAUUUUCGUUUCCUGGCUCUACAGGGUCGACCUCUGCAUCAACUUCACCUUCGUUGUUUAGUCCUGCUUCAUCGUCUUCAGGAUUUUCAUUUCCAGCUGGUUCGGGUUCAAGUUCAAGCUCCUCGUCUUCGUCUACGUUGGGAUUUUCAUUUCCAGCCAGUUCUAGUUCAGCCUCAUCCUCUGCAGCUGCACCGGGAUUUGUGACGUCGACUUCGCCUUUUGGUGCUUCCAAAGCUACUGGAUUUUCAAGCUCAACUCCAGCUUCAACUACAUCGGUGUCAACUGGAUUCUCAUUUUCGUUAUCGAAGGGGACAGGAAGUUCUGCAGCAUCUACUACUUCUACUUCUACUCCGACCCCUGUUGCAUCCUCAGGUAGUUUCUCAUUUGCGACUCCGGUGUCUUCAACAUCCUUUAAUACUAUUUCUCCUGCAACAGCAGCUGUUACACAACCCGCGUCUGUUGGAUUUGGAACUGCUGCCUCGUCUCUCUUUUCAACCGUUACUAAUACUACAGCUGCUUCUACUCCCGCUGCUACUUCAGCGUCAACUACCACUACAACAGCGACUGCAGCUCCUGCUUUUCCAUCUUUUAGCUUAAGCACGGGAUCAACUACUCCCACUCAAACAACUACAGCUGCUUCAUCAGGUCCUUUUUCUGUUUCUAGUUUUGGUACAUCAACAGGGACUGCUUCAUCGGCAAGUACUGGUUUAAGUUUUUCAACAUCGGCAAGUACUGGUUUAAGUUUUUCAACAUCGGCAAGUACUGGUUUAAGUUUUUCAACAUCGGCAAGUACUGGUUUAAGUUUUUCAACAUCGGCAAGUACUGGUUUAAGUUUUUCAACAUCAGCAAGUACUGGUUUAAGUUUUUCAACGUCAUCUGCCCCGGGAACACAAAACACAACAGCUUCCUUUGGCGUUGCUCCAAAUUCUACAUCUGGAGCCACCUCGCUUUCGUUAGGUCCAGCUUCAAAAUCUUCAGCUGGAACAACUUUAACUUCCAGUUCUGCCCCACAGUCUUCUUCAGCACUCGCUGUGGCUUCUAGUAGUGGGACCACAUCAGCACCCGCUGGAGCUGCGGCACCUGUGCCGAAACUUCCAUCUGAAAUUACAGGGCGUUCUGUUGAAGAGAUUAUCAAGGAGUGGAACGCUGAGCUACAAACCCGUACUGGAAAGUUUCGGAAGCAGGCUACUGCAAUUGGUGAAUGGGAUAGGAGGAUUUUACAGAAUCGUGAUGCUCUUCUUAGGCUUGAGACUGAAGUUGCAAAUGUUGUUGAGACUCAAACAAACUUGGAGCGACAACUGGAGCUUAUUGAAACUCAUCAGGAGGAGGUUGACAAGGCAUUGCAAAGUAUGGAAGAUGAAGCUGAACGUAUAUACAAAGAUGAGCGUGCACUACUUCUUGACGAUGAGGCUGCAUCUACAAGAGAUGCAAUGUAUGAACAGGCUGAAUUUAUAGAACGAGAGCUUGAACACAUGACUGAGCAAAUCAAAUCGGUUAUUCAGGCGGUGAAUGCCAACCAGGCCGGUGAACUUGAGGCAACUGAUGGGAUGACUCCACUGGAUGUUGUUGUGCGAAUUUUAAACAAUCAACUAAGUUCUUUGAUGUGGAUUGAUGAAAAGGCUGAAGAGUUCUCAUCACAGAUCCAGAAGCUUGCCAGCCAAGGUUCCGCUGCAGAUCGGGAUUUGGCGGGUCAAAAAUAUUGGUUGUCUUGACUGAUGACACCUGAUGAAAUCUGACAGGUGUUGAAGACUGAUCUUACUGGCCAAAGCUAAACAGGAAUAUUAACCACAGACGCAAAACGACUGUGAUGUGAAACUUCAUUUUUUUUUGACCAUUUAGUGCUAUAAACUAUAUUGGUGCAUUUUAGUUGAAGCACAGUCAAUUAGAUGUUAAACAUUUCCGAAUCAGCAAACAGAUAGUCUUUAUGCCUUAUUGGUUAUGUUAUGUUUUGUUCUCAUUUUGCACUCUUGUGAUGCUAAUUGGCAAAAGAGCAGACACUGAAUUAACGUGUCUGCUUGUUUGUAUGGGUCAAUUUCUUGUUAAUAAAAGAUAAAAGAUUUAUAACA